UAAAUUUACUCGAAAUUUCCAACAAAUUUAAAAUAAGUAAAGCAAUAUCAAAAAAAUUGUGCGAUGUCGAUGGAACAGCUUAAGUCCGAUGUAGCCGAAUUUGCUGCUUUGCUGGAACAGGCGAAAAGCGCCCGCAUCAAAGGUGUUCUCACUACAGGAAAGGCAGAGGCGGAGCGCGAGAUUGUCAACCUGGAGAUGAAGGCACGCCUCGCCGCAGAGCGCCAGUCGUCUAGUUCAAGCGAUACUAAAAGAUAUCUGCAUGAGCUCACUGACUACGGAUGGGACCAGAGUGCCAAAUUUGUCAAACUCUUCAUCACAUUGAAUGGCGUACAGGGCUGCACCGAAGAGUCCGUCACUGUCAACUACACCGAGACCUCGCUGCAGCUCCAUGUGUGCGACCUUAGCGGUAAAGACUUUGGUCUGUCCGUGAACAAUCUGCUGCACGCGAUAGAUGUGGAUAAGAGCUAUCGCAAGAUAAAGACCGACAUGGUAGCCAUCUAUCUGAAGAAAGCCGAGGAGGGCGUAAACUGGGAUGUGCUCACCUCUAUUCAGAAGCGCCUUAAGCAGAAGCAGGAUACUGAAAUGAGCAAGGACACCGAGAAUCCGGAGUCAGCGUUGGUCAACAUCAUGAAAAAAAUGUAUAACGACGGCGACUCCAAGACCAAGCAGAUGAUUGCCAAAGCCUGGACCGAGAGUCAGGAAAAGUCGCGCAUGGGCAAGGAGAUUGGCGGAGGCCUCGACGCAUUCGGUGACCUUUAAGUCUGCAUCCAAACCUGUCGUUCGUCCAUUGUUCCGCAAAACUCCGCUCCACUCCCGUUACGAACUCCAAUAGAUUGCAUAUAUACUAUAUUUUCAUACUGCUGCAAGUGCGACUUUGAUAUGUACAUACGUAGAGUAUAUAUAGAGGGCACUACUUUUCGCAGAUGCAUAAUAGUAUGUACAUUCUUAUACUUAGAAUUUGAGGAUAAAUAAAGUACCAGAGUGGGAAUUAAGUUCAGGAAUUGCGGUGUGCAUAUGGAGUGAAAGACUUGGCUUGGCUGUUGGUUUAUACAAUUGUAUAUAGGCGUUUAUUAAUUAAAUUCUUGUGAUUAAAAUCUAUUAUGCUGCUGUUCGCUAGAGUAUACUCUCGUGGUCUAAUCUAUUCCAUUUGUAAUAGUUAGUUUGCUUUCGAAAUGAAUUGAUAAUUACACGUUAACUGUAUUUAAAAUACAUUUUAUAUGUUCUGGGAUAUAUCAGUGUAGUAAAUAUACUCGUAUGUGCAUACAA